AAACCUGUUAGCAAAGCGUUUAAUCUCAUACACGUUCUGAGGCAGGCACGACGAGAAGCUCUCCGCGUAAUGACACGGGCUUGGCAGCAGGGCAGGCGGACUAGCGAAUACUAGAUUUACCUGCCCCCGCACGGAUCAAACCGCAAAGCGCUUCUGAGGUUCCCCUUGAGGCGAGGACCACAACCCACACAGCCCCAAACUUUGGCGGUGAAACUUUACGCCUCGUUGCAGACACACCUCCAAGAACUCCCAUCCCGCGGCACCGCCGAGGCGGGCAGGUGACUUUCAUGGGUCUGUGCACUGACUUCAGACUGUAUAAGUAAGAGGUCAGAGUAUGGAAAAGACACUGAAGAAGAUGCCGGCACACUGAGUGCUUCAGAAAAAUGAGCCAUGCAUCCUUCUGAAAGCUGAGAAGGAGCCCUCUGUUAGGGUCAUGAACGUACGACAAGUCUUUGUGUCGCUACUGAUGUUUGGAGUAGCUGGUCUACUCCUCUUCAUGUAUCUGCAGGCCUGGACUGAAGAACAGAAUACAGUGUCUGGAGAAAAAUUGCAGCAACAGAUAACUAUUCAGGAUUUCAUGCUCCCACCUCCAGAGACGCAGAGAAGAGUGACGCAGAGCAGUCAUAUUCCUCCUGUACUUGGUAGGCAGGAGGUGGCCAUCAUGGACAGCCAGCAGUGGCAGGGUAAGGCUGACCUUUUUGGUGCAGUAGCUGUCUCCUUGGUGCCUGGACUGUCUGACCACCAGAAGAUCAGCAAGUUGCCCUUCAGCCAGUUCAAAGAGGUGUAUUUACCCCCUGUGCUGCACCCUUUGAACAAGACUUUGGUGACAGGUGACCAGUGGAAGGAUGUCGAUAGCAUCCAGGAAAAGCGCAGGUCCUUCCUAUAUGAGUUCUGCAAGAAAUACAACAGUAUGAAGAAGCUGAGAACUCACCUGGUGCACAUAGUGUCAAGAAUUUAUGUGGAGGACAGGCACAAGGUCCUGUACUGCGAGGUGCCAAAAGCAGGCUGCUCCAACUGGAAAAGGGUCCUUAUGGUCCUCAAUGGACUUGCCACUUCGGUACGCAAUAUUUCCCAUGAUGAUGUGCACUAUGGAAAGCACCUAAGGAAACUGGACAGUUAUGACCUAAAAGGAAUAUACACACGUUUGAACACAUACACCAAGACUAUAUUUGUACGUGAUCCUUUGGAAAGACUGGUAUCUGCCUUCAGGGAUAAGUUUGAACAUCCGAAUAGCUAUUACCAUCCAGUGUUUGGGAAGGCAAUAAUUAAGAAGUAUAGACAUAAUGCAAAUAAGGAGGCAUUGGAAACAGGAUCAGGAGUUAAGUUCAAGGAGUUUAUCCAGUAUCUGUUAGAUUCCCAUCGUCCAGUAGGAAUGGACAUUCACUGGGAGCAAGUCAGUAAGCUCUGCUAUCCCUGCCUCAUCAACUAUGAUUUUAUAGGAAAGUUUGAAACUCUGGAAGAAGACGCCAAUUACUUUUUGCAGCUGGUAGGUGCUCCAGCUGAGCUAAAGUUUCCUAGAUUCAAAGACAGACAUUCCUCUGAUGAGAGAACGAGUGCAGAAGUAGUGAGGCAAUACUUAAAGGAACUGUCUAAGGAGGAGAGACAGCUGACCUACGACUUCUAUUACUUGGAUUAUUUAAUGUUCAAUUAUACAUCACCAGUUGUAUAGCACCGGGAUAGCUUCAGGCUUAUAUUAGAAAUUUAUCAUGUUGAGAUUCAGAACAACUGCUUUGAUACUACCCCUGAAAGGAAACAAAGUAGCUGCUAAGUGGAGCUGUGUUGACUUAGUGCUGAUUUUAUAAACUAAAGUGACAUAAAGUUACAAGAAAUUGCACCAAAAAAGGAAGACCCAUAAACAGCAUAAAUUGCAGUAAAAUGCCUGAAAAAGCUGCUUUUACCAUUAUUGUGGAAGAGGUAGCACAGCCAGAUGUUACAUUAGCUUACCUAAAGUUCUUUUAAUGGUUUAAGAAAAAAAUCAUUCAGAGUAGCAUGAUUCUUUCUGAUGUGUCUGCUUCAUAAAUUGGUUUUGAAACUAUUUUUGAAUGCAUUUUUUUACUUUCUGUCUCUUAUUAAUAAAGAAACAUUGGCUAAUUUUCUAAAGA